AUGUCAUCAUUAAGCCAUGAUGAUCAACAACUUGUUGCAACAAUUUUUCGUAUUACUGCCGAAGAUUUUCUCAUGGGAAUGGAAGAUCCUAGUACGGAAUUCAGAUACAACAGAGAGUUCCUUAUAAUCUUAUAUGGCGUCGAAGACAUGACCGAGGAUGGAGUAAUACCGACGGGUGUGGUGCCUGCAGACGAGUCAUUCGUGGCAAGCUUGGAAAUCAAGAAAGCUAGUGAAGAGUUGGCUAAUAGUGGUGAAGUUUGUUCGGUUUGUCUUGAAGGGUGGAAAGUAGGUGAUGAUGUUAAGUAUUCGCCUUGUAAACAUUGCUUUCAUCCGGCUUGUGUUGAUAAGUGGUUCAAGAUUAAUCACUUCUGCCCACUUUGUCGAUUCGAGUUGCCGCCGACGAGAGAUGCUAGAGGUGUUUGA